AUGGGAAGCACUAAAAUCAGAGGAAGAAGAACACAGAAAAAGGCCCAAGAAGAAAAUUCCAAGGACCUUGGUGGCGCUGUGAAGCCCACCUUUUUUGGUUUAGUGGAUUCAAGUGAAAUCGACUACUUCAAACAGGCUGAAAGCACCCUCAAUAUCAAUGCCUUCGAUCUGGAUGAAGAAAGAGAUGCCUUUGUCAGAUCUGUUUUGGAAGAAUGUAAGGGAAAAGAAUUAAAAUUGGUUACCAAUCAAAUCUGCUCCAAGUUAAUGGAGAGACUUCUUUUAAUUGGGACCGACAGGCAAGCCAAACACAUUUUCAAGAAUUUCUCGGGACACCUUGCAUCAUUGGCUCACCAUAAAUACUCUUCUCACGUGUUGGAGACUUUGUUAGUCAGAAUAACCUCAAUUAUCGAAAAAGAGCUCAUCGGAGACGAACACGAAGAAGAUACUGAGGAAGAAGAAGACCCUGAAAUCGACCAGGUGACAACUGAACAGUUGUUUUUGAAGAUGAUGAAUGAGUUCCAUCCACAUAUCCAACAGAUGAUGGAACACCAAUAUGCAUCUCAUGUUUUACGACUUGUUAUAUUAAUUGCCAGUGGAAAAGAACUCCCAUCAUCUACUGUUUCCAACUCUACCUUGAGAUCCAAAAAGUCCAAGAUUGCCCGUAAAAUGAUAGAGAUCAAAGACAAUGAGAUCUUCAACCGGGCAUUCCAAGUUCCUCCUUCUUUCAAAGACGAAGUCAAAAAGAUUUGUAAAGCCAUAGUAGAGGGUCAAGAUAUUACCAGAAUGAGACAAUUGUCCAUCCAUAAAAUUGCAUCACCAGUUAUUCAGUUGUUGCUUCAAGUCGAAGGAAUAGUCGACAAAGACAGAGCUAUAUGGCAUUCCAUAUUCUUAAAAGAGAAGGAUGGACAAGACUCCAAAGAAGAAGCUUAUGUCGAGUACUUGUUGUCUGAUCCUGUUGGUUCUCACUUCUUGGAGAGCUUGAUCAAAAAUACUGGUGUUAGAAUGAAGUACAUUGAGCGGUUGUACAAGUUGUACAUGAAAGAAAGAGUGUUGAAGUUGGCCAAGAGAUCUAACACUGGUGUGUUUAUUAUUCAAGCCUUGAUGUUCAAGUUGAAGCCAGGUGAAGUUCAGUAUAUUUUGGACCAAAUAAUCCCCGAAUUAUCGAGUUUAAUUUCGAUUUCUGAAAACCAGAACUUGGAGCUAAGCACCAAGGUCAUCGAUGCUUCAAUUCAAAAUAAGAACUACAGAAGAGAUGAGAUCAUAGAACAGUUGUUCAACAAGUUUGCCCCAAACUAUGACUUCAAAGAGCCUGAUGAUGUUGCUAAUGCUGAGUUAUUGGAAAAUAUCUUGCAGUUGACCAAGUCGACUUUGGGAAAUACUAGAGAUGACUGGCCAACAGCCGAAGAGAGAAGAAGAUCUUUGUUGUUGGAAAAGUUCAUGCAAUACGAUUACUCGUUUGUUAUCUGCGUUUGGUAUAACUUUUUGGCGUUACCAGUUGAAAGAUUCCUUCAAAUGUGCACUCACGGUGUUUUCUCCCAUGUGGUGGAAAACUCCUUAACAGUGUUACCAGCCUCUAUUACCGAACCCAAACCCACUCUGAUUUUGAGAAAGAGAUUUUUGAACUUGUUCCAAAGUCAUAUUGUGAGAUUGUCAAUAAACUCCUAUGGGUCACACAUUGUGGAUAAGUUAUGGCACUUCACCAUUUUGCUUAAUAUGUACAAAGACAGAAUCGGAUCAGAAUUACAAGCUGAUAGUCACAAGGUCAAAGAGAGUAAAUAUGGUAAAUUGGUGUGGAAGAACUGGUCGAUGGAGUUGUUUAUGAGAAAGAAGUACGACUGGAAAACACUCAUCAAGGAGCAGGAACAACAAUACUAUAGUGAAACUGGACAAGAUAACCAAGACCAAGAAACCAGAAUCAAGAAACCCAUUGAAUUGAAGUUGGAAAAGAUGCACAAAGAAAAAUUAGGAAGAGAAGCUAAUGGACUCAAAUCCAAGAAUGCUUAUGAGGAGAGACAAAAUAAAAAGAGAAAGUUUUAAAUACUUUUGAUAUGUAUAAUAGCAAUAUAUAAGCAUGAUGAUAUUUACAGGGUUUAUAAAUUAAUUUUUGGUGGUGAUGAAGUACUCGCUAAGAGUCUUUUCUGGAACUGAGGAAGGACUUUCGACGAUAGGAUCCACACCUGAUUGAUUUUUGGGGAACGCAAUAACAUCUCUUAUGUUUGGGCUUCCAACAACCAUUGCACACAAUCGAUCAAAACCUAGAGCCAAACCUGCAUGUGGAGGACAUCCCAUACUCAAAGCAUGUAGGAGAUGGCCAAACAAAUCAUUGUAGUGGUGGAUUCCUAAGACAUGCUUGAAAACGUAUUUUUGGAGGUCAGCAUCGUGGAUUCUUCUGGACCCACCUCCUACUUCGACUCCAUUGAUUACUAAGUCGUAGUGCUCCCCUCUGACUUUUAAAGGGUCUGUCUCCAAUAAGUCAUAAUCUUCAAGUUUGACCAUGGUGAAAGGAUGAUGAUUCGAUUCAAGUUGACUCAAUUCGUAUGUUGGAUAUUCGUCACUAGGUGACCCUCCGGAUUCAGUUGGUGCAAAUAAUGGGAAGUCAACAACCCAGGAAGCCACUACCAUAUCUUUUGUGCAGUAAUUGUCAGUUAAGUCUCCAUUGCUCAACUCGAUCAUUCUCUUCCACUUAUUUGGGAACUCGUUUAUGGCAAGUUGUCUGAACUUUCCUAAAGGAGUAGGAUUUUCAUACGGCAACUCAGCCCUGUCAGCAAAUGCCAAAAUGUCACCAGGAUGUAAAUUUAAAGUGGAUUCCAAUUGGGACUCGUUGAACGAGGAGGUAGGUGUGAUAAGGUGCUUUUCAACAAAGUUUUUGUACCAUUCCAGAGCAUCAGGUUGGGUCUUGAUGGGGAUGACAAUAGGCUUUCUCCGAGAAUAGCUAUUGCUGUCACUCAAGGCUUUUGGAACUUUGAAUUUUUUUGAAGGGUCAAAAGCAUCUCUUAACACACACGCUUCGAGGACUGGGAAGUUUGUAUUUUUGAGUGGGGUGAAGAAACCACUCAAGUCUAUCAAGGAGAGGGAAGACCUUAAAUCGGGUUUGUCAAUUCCAUACUUUGUCAAGGCUUCAAUGUAUGGAACCUUUGUGAAGUUUAUCUUGUGUGUGGAGAACUCACUGAUUUCUUCGAGAUUACCAUUUUUAUUGAUGGUGUAAACCGGAAACUUAGCAAUAUCCUUCCACACACGGUGAACAACAUCUUCGACUACCACACCAACUUGGUCGCUGUGACUGACAAAGCUCAUUUCCAAGUCCACCUGGGUGAACUCUGGCUGUCUAUCGGCUCUCAAGUCUUCGUCUCGGAAACACUUUGCGAUCUGAAAGUAUUUGGUGAUACCUGAGCUCAUCAACAACUGCUUAUACUGCUGAGGCGACUGAGGUAAAGCAUAGAAAGCAUUAGGUUUCCUCGUGGGCACCAAGAACUCCCGAGCACCUUCUGGUGUCGAUUUGAAGAGUAAUGGAGUCUCAACCUCCACAAAGUCAUGGUUCUGAAUAAAAGUGUUUCUGAU